AUGGGCACUCUUGACCCCGAAAUCCAAACCCUGUACCCGUUCAGAAUCACACAUGCUGGCAAGACUGUCUACGAGUUGGGCGCACUCUCGGCUCAGGCGAGGACGGAGUUGUUCGAGAAGACUGGGGAAAUGAAGAGACGACACUCGAAAACCCAGCCGUUUUCUUUUGAGUUGCGUGCCUGCAGUCAGGUGUCCAUCGAUCCGUCUGGCCCGACGAUAAAUGGCGUUCCCGUCGCUUUAGAUGAUCCUAUGCCCCGGAUAUUUGAAGCGCCUAUAGGUGAUGCAAACUGCUUAACUAUCGUCGGCGGAAGAAUCCUACUCAUGGGGACUGAUCACGGUGUAUUGAGUGUAGUGAUGGUGGAGUUGAGGAUGGGGACACGCGAAAUUCGGAAAUGGCUUCCGAAGGUCACCCAGAUGGCAGCCCUGGAAGACCUGGACUUACUUAUAGUCCUCGCUAAUGGCUCUCUCUUUACGUACCCUCUUCAGAGCUUGCUCGACGGGGAGAAAGAAGCCAAGUCUCGGCGGCUAGCCAAAGAGGUCUUAUUCUUCGCAGUUGCUACCCUCUCAGAUCGCCGGGUGCUUCUUUACGCAAAGAAGGAAGGCCCUAACACCGCCUUGCAUGUUCUUGAACAGAAAAGGGUGGGAUCGAGUGCAAACAAAGACGGCUUCUUUUCUCGACUUUCUCGAACACGAACAACAGCACAAGAUCUGGGCUGGGAAUUCAGAGAGAUUGAUGCGUUCGUCAUGCUAAAUGGCUGCAACUCAAUCAACAUUUUCCGCAAGCACAUAGCGCUGGGGACGAAGCACGGCUUCUUCGAGGUCCUCACCCUCGACAGGAACCCAACGCGCAUCCCGGACCUCCAAGGCCACGAUCUCAGGGACCUUGCCAGUCGCAUAAAAGAUCUCGCGACAGUCUCCAUGUUCUGGCUCGACGGGAACGAGUUCAUUCUCGUGUACCAGAACUGCGCCGUCUACGUCGACAAGCACGGCGACGUCAGCCGCUCGGCCAUCAUGGAGUUCAUAAGCCAGACCAAGCCCGUCAAGGCGGCGACCAUGUUCGACAAGUAUCUGAUCUUGUUUACGGACGAGUACGUCGAGAUCCGCGACACCGAAGACGGCCGCCUACGCCAAGUCAUUGCCGGGAAGGGCAUCAAGUGCCUCGACUACGGCAUCCGUGGACCGACCGGCGACUUCCACGUCGCGGGCGAGGCGGCGUACAGCAGCUCUUUCGGAAGGGCAGGCCCCAGCACGAGGUUCCGCAAAGCAACCGUCAAGUUCUCCAUGUUUCUCCUCGAGCAGCCCGACCAAGCCGUCGUCCUCGAGCUAGUGCUCGACCCGGAAAUGGCCGGGGCGUCCAAACACCCGCCAAGGGACGACCUAGGGGAAACUACAGAGGAUCUGUCGUCGCACGCCGACGCAACAGCGGCACCGGUCUCGUCCCGUCCCGGCAGGGGGGAGGGGGGAGACAGCCCCGGGCGAGAGGAGCAACUGGGCUCGACCUCCCUGGGACUGCAGCCGUUUACGACGCUGGAAACAUUCCCGACUACGACGCUGGGACCAUUCCCGACAUCGCACCGAAGAAACGCUAUCAGUGUCCCGCACGACGAGUGGAAUCGAUAUGCGUCUCCCGAGCCUGAAGGUUCGGACAGUGAAACGUAUUGA